AUGCCCUCCGAGCUCGUGCUGGAGAUCGUGGCCUGGCUGCCCGUGAAGUCGCUGCUCCGGUUCAGGUGCGUCUGCAAGGCGUGGCGCGACACAAUCUCCGACGAUGCAGCUUUCCACCGCGCCCACCUCCGUGCUCAGCCUCCACGCUUGCUCAUCUCGACCUGCACGGAGGAAGACCGGAUGAACAAGGUCACCACCAUCGGCUUGUACGUGUCGGAGGAGAGUGCUGCCCUCGCAGACACCAUAGACUUUCCUGAAGACCAUACGUAUUACUUCUCGCACUGCAACGGGCUGGUGCUGAUGCCGUGCGUUUUUCACCAAUUGUUUGGCAUCGGAUACGACCUUCGCGGCGACACCUACAAGGUUGCCCGCUUCUUCUUCCGCCCAAAAGAACCCGCCCCGACGGGCGGCUACCACCACAACUUUGGCAUGGAGGUUUACACCAUCGGGGUAGACGAGCAUUGGCGUGAGACGGUGGAGAAGCCACCCUAUGCCGUUGACAUUACAGGAACCUCGGCCUUCUCGAGGGGUUCAUUGUUUUGGACCAUCGACCAUACCGAACCUGUGGGUGGAGAAUCCCCAUCAGGGUUUCUCCGCUUCAGGCUAGAGGACGAAUCGUUCAGCGUCACGCCGCCGCCUCCUUGUUGCGAAGGGCUCGUAUACGAGAUGUCCUACUUGUCUGAGCUGCAUGGGGAGUUGAGCGUGGCUCAUCCUGGGCCCAACUGUGAGUCGAUUGAGAUUUGGACGUGCAACGAUGUGGACACCAACCCACCAGAAUGGACGCUGUGUUACAUCUUCAACAACUAUUGUCCCCAGCCGGCUGAAGGGCUCGACAUCGCCAUGUACCAUCUAUGCAAAGAUAUGUUUAUCCUACAAGUUCUCAAGGAUAUAGUUGGACUAGAUCGCUUGAUAUAUCACCCCCAUGACUCGGUGAUCCCCUACAUUCCAUCCCUAGUUCCGGUCUAG